CACUUCUCCCUCUCUCACAGCCUGUGUCUGGUCCUCCUGCCUGGAUACUGGUCACUCACCCCCAGUUCUCACUCCCCAUUGCCUGGAGGGUUUCCAGAGAAUCCAAUCAGCAUCACUGUUCCCACCAGUCUGGACUCAGAUUCUACCCAGACCUCAAGUGCUCAGGUCAUGAGGCCCCCAACCCUCCUGCUGCUGCUCUCAGGGGCCCUGGCCCUGACAGAGACCUGGGCAGGCCCCCACUCCCUGAGGUAUUUCUCCACCGCGAUGUCCGGGCCUGGACUCGGGGAGCCCCGGUACAUGGAGGUGGGCUCCGUGGACGACACGCAGUUCGUGCGGUUCGACAGCAACUCCCCGGGUCAGAGGAUGGAGCCGCGGGCGCCCUGGAUGGCGCAGGAGUACCCGGGGUACUGGGAGGAGGAGACGCGGAGCGCCAAGACAAACGCGCAGACGUUCCGAGUGAACCUGCGCGUCCUGCGCGGCUACUACAACCAGAGCGCGGCCGGCUCUCACACCCUCCAGAGGAUGUCUGGCUGCGACGUGGGGCCCGACGGGCGCCUCCUCCGCGGGUACCAUCAGUUCGCCUACAACGGCGCCGAUUACCUGGCCCUGAACGGGGACCUGCGCUCCUGGACCGCGGCGGACACGGCCGCUCAGGUCUCCCGGCGCAAGUGGGAGGCGGCUGGAGUGGCUGCGCGCUUCAGGAACUACCUGGAGGGCCUGUGCGUGGAGUCACUGCGCAGGUACCUGGAGCACGGGAAGGAGACGCUGCAGCGCUCAGAUGCCCCAAAGAUACAUGUGACCCACCACCCCACCUCUGACCAGAAGGUCACCCUGAAGUGCUGGGCCCUGGGCUUCUACCCUGCGAACAUCACCCUGACCUGGCAGCGAGAUGGGGAGGACCUGACCCACGGCACAGAGCUCGUGGAGACCAGGCCUGGGGGGGACGGAUCCUUCCAGAAAUGGGCAGCUGUGGAGGUGCCUUCUGGAGAGGAGCAGAGAUACACGUGCCAUGUGCAGCAUGAGGCGCUGCUGGAGCCCCGAGUCCUGACUUGGGUGCCCCCUCCUCUGUCUUCCAUCCCCACUGCGGGCAUCAUUGUUGGCCUGGUUCUCCUUGGAGCUGUCCUCACUGGAGCUGCAGUGGCUGCAGCUGUGAUGUGGAGGAAGCAGCGCUCAGGAGGACAAGGAGGAAGCUACACUUAGGCAGCAGGCAGCGACAGUGCCCAGAACCCUGAUGUGUCUCUCAG